AUGAUCGACCUAGUUCCCGAUCUAGUGGAAGAAAUCCUUGUUCGGCUGCCCUUCAAAUCCAUACUUAAAUUCAAAACUGUAUCGAAGCAAUGGAGAUCAAUACUGGAGUCGAGGAGUUUCGCGGAGAGCAGGCCUACGUUUAUGAAUAAAGUUCAAAAGAAGCCGCAAAUACUGGCGGCGGCCGUAAACCACUGUACGUUUACAAUGCUAGGGGACGAAGAAGGGGUCGAGUUGGUAUAUUUACACUGCCAUGUCGCCACACGACCUUCGUUGGCAUGUGACGGUCUUGUUUGCAUCCCUGAACCAGGUUGGAUCAACGUUUUCAACCCUUCCACCGGAGAAUUCAUCAGAUUCCCUUCCGGCCCUGAUCCCGUAAAAACCCAACGCUAUAAUAACCUAUUUAGUGAUAUAUUCCCUGGACACUGGAGGAUGGGAUUCGGUAGAGACAAAGUUAACGGAAGCUAUAAAGUAGUGAGGAUGUUCUUUGAGCCAAACCACUACGGUGAGAUUCUUGAUUUAAACAUUGGGGAAUGGCGGAAACUGCCGAGGCCGCCUCCUCACCAUGUGGGAGAGACAUCGAACUCAGCGUGUGUGAAUGGCUCCAUCUACUGGUUACGUGAAGCUGCUUACCACAAGUAUCGGAUUCUAGCUUUGGAUCUUCACACACAAGAGUUCUGUGAUGUCCCAACACCGCCUUUAUUACGUCAAACAGUGAUGCAAACAGAGAGGCUAGCAAACCUUGAAGACCGUCUAGUCUUAUCCAUAUUCAGUCCUCAACGCAUGAUAGAGAUAUGGUGCAUGGAUACACAAGAAGAAACAUGGAUCAUCACUUACUCCUUUUACUUUUAUCGUGCCUCACUCUACCGAAAUCCCUGGAAUUACACGCAUAUGUGGUUCAUGCCUAUGGCUGUUUCUAAGGGAGGGAAUCUUUUCCUCCAUGAAGAUAGAAAACAGUUGAUUAAAUACUAUCCAAAGACAGGGUUUCACAUCUCUACAAACAUUUGUGUUAUAUCUCCUUUCGUUGAAAAUUUGCUCCCACUCCAACGUCCCGCUUCUGCUCCAGAAAUCAGGACGUAUCUGUACCGAAAACAGGUGCAGGAAUCACGGAUUUCCAAACGGUUUAGGCAUAUCGAAUGGUGGAUCCCAAAUAUAUUGAUUACAAUCACUGUUGCAGCUACUAUAUUGCAUCGUAUCGUUCAUUAUUGA